AUGCCCUCGACUCCCGCUCACUCCAACAAGCCCAUCUUCGACCCAUUCGAGGAUGACCUCAACAAGCACCCCGAGGACCACUUCUUGUCUCCCGUUCAGAUGUACGAGUACGAAGACUGGGCCGAGGAUAGCGAGGACGAGGAUGCUGAGGAGAUAGAAUGGGAUGCCGGCAUCACCGACUUUGCCCUCUUCGACAACGACCGUCGCCACGCUCAGCAACGACACGAGGAAGUCCCUGAUCGAUGGGAUGGUCUCCUCGCCAGUCAAGCAUCAGCUCUGCAGCGUGCUGUCCUUCGCAACCGCGCCAACUCCGACCCAUCAGGCAGACAGUGGACGCCUCUGCUGGAAGACCUCCCUCAACUCACCCCAGACAACUCGCCAAACCUCAAAGGCGACCACGACAUUCAUUCAUACUGCGGACCGAAGACUACUCGACCCAGCGUACCCAACUACCUCGCCGUCAAAGUCACUCCUCCACCAGAAGAUGACUACGACUUCGACGACGACGAAGAUGAGGAGGAUUCAGAUGAAGAUGACCUCCCCGUCUCUUACCUCGUCGCCCGAGCCCGCGAACGCCGCCGAGUAGCACACCAAAUGGAACGCCCAGGCCUGCGCUUCAACCGGACCAUGUCAGGCAAAGUCCACGUCUGGCGACGACCAAGCUAUCACCUGUACUCCGUGGGCGAGGAAGCCGAGGCCGAGAGUGAGGCUGAGAUGGAGGAUGCCAAGACAACCACCACCUUACCGGUCGACAUGGAGACGAGGGGACGAUCACGGCGGUGA